UGCUGUAGCCAAUCGCACUUGUAGCCGAACGGCCAAAAGGAGAGUGACUGCACCUGUGACAUUUUCUUGCGGUGGUUAUUGGGGAUGGUUUGGACUGUGGGGUUUUUAAAGUAAAUUCAUUGCAUAUGCAUUUUUCCUUUUUGCAACCAUCUGCAAUUUUGUUGUGUUCCCCACUUGCAUGGAAUCGAUGCUCUUCGUUGGCUGCCUGGCGUUUACUCUGUGAAGAAAAAGACUAUGUCAUUCCAUCCUGGUCGUGGAUGCCCCAGAGGAAGAAUCCCUCCUGGGCAGCAUGGAGCACCUCAGAAUUAUCGUCCUCCAAACCAGAGGCAGCCCCCACCACAGCCACCCAUGCCCCCGUACCAUUAUGAGCCACCGCCGGCUCCCUGUCCUGGCUACUCCAGCCAGGGGAACAGCUACAUGCCCCCCCGUCCCGACUUCAUGCGCUACCCUCUCCCGGUGCCCUCCCAGGGCCCUAGCCCCCUCAGCCAGUGCCCGAUUCGCCCCCCCUUUCCCAGCCCCCCCAUCCGACAGGGGUUCCCAGAGCCCCCCAAUUUCCCCCCUCCACCUCUGCCCAGCUCCUCCGGCAGCUCCAUGUCCGGCCUCCCGACCUCCCCCGCCAACUCCUACCACUACAUGAUGCCCAACGUUCCCCCUCCACCCCUGCCCCACCCGCCGGUCCCGCCCUCCAUGCCUCAGCCGAUGAGCUACCAGCCCCCGUACUCGAUGGGCUACGCCCAGCCCCCGUUCCCCCCGCCCGGCUUUGGCCCCGGCUACGCCCCGGGCUCAGGCUCCGCCCCCUUCAAGGCGGACCACUUCCGGCACGGCGGCGGCCAGUACAAGGCGGAGAAGCCGCCCGGCGACCACCGCCGCUCCCCGGACAGGGCCAGGCGGCGCGAGGACCCCCGGCACGCCGGUCGCUACGGUUACCCCGGCCACGGCGACAGGCACAAGAUGGACUACCCGCCCGAGCGCAAGGACAGGGGGCGGAGCCCGGACCGGCGCAGGGCGGAGGGGGGCCGUCACAGGACCCCCCCUCGGCACCGGAGCCGGGACCGCAGCAGGGAGAGACAUCGACACAGAGACAGCAGGAGAUCUCCCUCCUCAGACAGACAGUACAGGAAGCGGCCCAGGAGUCGCUCGAGCAGCCGGGACAGGAAGCGCCCGCGCUGGGAGGAGGAGGGGCGAGAGAGGCGGUCCGAUGGCCCGGGGGCGGGCCGGGAGCGGAGUCACGCCCCCUCCAAGGGCCGAGAGGCGGAGGGCCCGUCGGCCGACCGCGCGGAGGAGGAGAGGGGGGAGGAGGAGGAGUUUCUGAAGCCGGCCUGGAUUCGAUGCACCCACGCGGAGAACUACUACUCCAACGACCCCAUGGACCAAGUGGGAGACUCCACGGUGGUGGGCACCAGUAAGCUGAGAGACCUGUACGAGCGCUUCGAGGAGGAGCUGGGGAGGAGGCAGGAGAGAGCCAAGUCAGCCCGACCAGAGUGGGAACCGCCCAAGACCAAGCUGGACGAAGACCUAGACGAGAGCUCCAGUGACUCGGAAUGCGAGUCGGACGGGGGCAGCAGCUGCUCCAGCAGUUCGGACUCGGAGGUGUUCGACGUCAUCGCCGAGAUCAAGAGGAAGAAGGCCCACCCGGACCGGCUGCACGAGGAGCUGUGGUACAACGACCCCGGCCAGAUGAACGACGGACCGCUGUGCAAGUGCAGCGCCAAGGCCCGGCGCACGGGGAUCCGCCACAGCAUCUACCCCGGCGAAGAGCUUGUGAAGGUGUGCCGUCCAAUGAACAACAACGCGGGGAAGCUCUUCCACUACAGGAUCACCGUGUCCCCUCCCACUAACUUCCUGACGGACAGACCCACGGUGAUCGAGUACGAUGACCACGAGUACCUGUUCGAAGGCUUCUCUCUCUUCUCCCACACCCCCCUCACGAACAUUCCCUUGUGCCGAGUAAUUCGUUUCAACAUAGAUUACACCAUUCACUUCAUCGAGGAAAUGACACCUGAGAAUUACUGUGUCAGAGGCCUGGAGCUGUUCUCCUCCUACCUGUUUAAGGACAUCCUGGAGCUGUACGACUGGAACCUCACAGGUCCUGAGACAGACGGCGAUUCUGCCGGCUGCCAGAAGUUCCACUUCAUGCCUCGUUUCGUCCGCUUCCUGCCUGACGGCGGUAAGGAGGUGCUCUCCAUGCACCAGGUGCUGCAGUACCUCCUGCGCAGCAGCACGCCGCUGGUCCCCGAGGAGGAGAUCGCCGACAUGCUCCAGUGGGAGGAGCUGGCCUGGCAGAAAUACGCCGAGGAGUGCAAGGGCAUGAUCGUCACCAACCCCGGCAUGAAGCCCAGCUCGGUGAGAAUAGACCAGCUGGACAGAGAGCAGUUUAAUCCUGAAGUCAUCACCUUUCCCAUCAUUGUGCACUUUGGCAUCCGGCCAGCCCAGCUCAGCUACGCCGGCGACCCACAGUACCAGAAGCUGUGGAAGAGCUACGUCAAACUGCGCCAUCUGCUGGCCAACAGCCCGAAAGUCAAGCAGGUGGACAAGCAGAAGCUCACUCAGAGAGAGGAGGCCCUGCAGAAGAUCCGGCAGAAGAACACCAUGCGGAGGGAGGUGACCGUGGAGCUCAGCAGUCAGGGCUUCUGGAAGACAGGCAUCCGCUCCGACGUGUGCCAGCAUGCCAUGAUGCUGCCGGUCCUGACCCAUCACAUACGCUACCAUCAGUGCCUCAUGCACCUGGACAGACUCAUCGGAUACGUGUUCAAAGAGCGCUGUCUGCUGCAGCUGGCCAUGACCCACCCCAGCCACCACCUGAACUUCGGCAUGAACCCGGACCACGCCCGAAACUCGCUGUCCAACUGCGGCAUCCGCCAGCCCAAGUAUGGGGACCGCAAGGUGCAUCACAUGUACAUGAGGAAGAAAGGAAUCAACACCUUGAUAAACAUCAUGUCUCGCCUGGGUCAGGACGAUCCGUCCCCUUCUAGGAUCAACCACAACGAGCGUCUUGAGUUCCUCGGUGAUGCUGUGGUGGAGUUCCUCACCAGUGUUCACCUGUACUACCUGUUCCCCAGCCUGGAGGAGGGAGGGCUGGCCACCUACAGGACCGCCAUCGUCCAGAACCAGCACCUGGCCAUGCUCGCCAAGAAGCUGGAGCUGGACCGGUUCAUGCUGUACGCUCACGGCCCGGACCUCUGCAGGGAGUCGGACCUGCGCCACGCCAUGGCCAACUGCUUCGAGGCCCUGAUUGGUGCUGUGUAUUUGGAAGGUGGGCUGGAAGAAGCUAAGCAGCUUUUUGGGAGGCUGCUCUUCAACGGCGAGGACCUGAGGGAAGUUUGGCUGAACUACCCACCCCAUCCUCUGCAGGUGCAGGAGCCCACCACUGACAGGCAGCUGAUUGAGACGUCUCCAGUGCUGCAGAAGCUGACGGACUUUGAGGAGGCCAUCGGAGUUCUGUUCACUCACGUGCGGCUGCUGGCCCGAGCCUUCACGCUCCGCACCGUGGGCUUCAACCACCUCACCCUGGGCCACAACCAGAGGAUGGAGUUCUUGGGGGACUCCAUAAUGCAGCUCGUGGCCACCGAGUACUUGUUCAUCCAUUUUCCGGACCACCACGAAGGCCACUUAACGCUGCUGAGGAGCUCUCUGGUGAAUAACCGCACGCAGGCUAAGGUGGCCGAGGAGCUGGGCAUGCAGGAGUUCGCCAUCACCAACGACAAGACCAAGCGCCCCGUGGCCCUCAGGACCAAGACCCUGGCCGACCUGCUGGAGUCCUUCAUUGCGGCGCUCUACAUCGACAAGGACCUGGAGUUCGUGCACACCUUCAUGAACGUCUGUUUCUUCCCUCGGCUGAAGGAGUUCAUCCUCAAUCAGGACUGGAACGACCCGAAGUCCCAGCUGCAGCAGUGCUGCCUCACCCUCCGGACCGAGGGCAAGGAACCAGACAUCCCUCUGUACAAGACCCUGCAGACGGUGGGCCCGUCCCACGCCAGGACCUACACCGUGGCCGUCUACUUCAAAGGGACAAGGAUCGGCUGCGGGAAAGGCCCCAGCAUUCAGCAAGCGGAAAUGGGAGCUGCCAUGGACGCACUGCAGAAGUAUAACUUCCCACAGAUGGCUCAUCAGAAGCGCUUCAUCGAGCGGAAGUACCGGCAGGAGCUGAGAGAGAUGCGCCGAGAGAGGGAAAGGUUGGAGAAGGAGAGUGACGAGACGGAGGACAGCAGGAAGUGACAAACAGAGGCCCCCAGGCCACACCCCCCCCCAUCCUAAUCAUGACCUCUGACCCAGCAAUGGAGCACCCAAAAUAAGGGGUGGAGCUAGCACACACGCGGUGAUGUGACCCAAUCUUCAUUGUGUUGUGUAGUAGAGAGGAUUGGAACCCAUGAUGGGGUCCUUGAAACUUGCUGUGUCGUAACUAAUUUUGCUUGUGGGGAAUGCAGCUGUGAGAGAGCAAAGUAUUCUGGGAAAUGUAGUUGGAUGAGGCUCUGUUUGCUGCCGGAUCCUCUUUCAGCCAUUUGUUUUAAUGCGUCAGUUUGCAGCCUUUACUCUAUUAUGUUUUUAUGUGCCCCUCUUUAGUAUUUAAAUUAAACUAUUGAUGAAGUAGCUUUUUAAUGAAACGAUGAUAAUAAAAAAGUGUUUUAUUGA